UCAUGCUGAUGUCCAAUAUUUUCAGCAUCAAAACAAAUCGUCAUCAAAAGUGAUCAUUUAAGUUUUACUAUUUUGCAUCACUUUGAUCUACGACGUUAAAAGUAAGCAUCGCGUGUCAAUAUGAAUUGAUAUUUUUAUAUAGAAAGAAAAGAAAAAUGAACGAUACAGAAAAUAAAGCUAAAAAGAACAAGUCCAUUACGUGCACCGCUCGCAUGUCACACUAAAUUUGAAUUGACAUCACUCCGAGGUGCGCUGACCGCAUCUGAGAACAUCCGAGGAAAUAUUUUGGUAUCGUUACUGCCAUCUGUAGCCUUUUGUCGGAACGAAGAAAUCAAGAAAUCUAACCUCUCGCGCGAUCUUUCUCUCUCAAAACAUCUUGUGUAUCGUCACUUGAAAUACAUGUAAUUUUAAACACGUGAAAUAAACAUUGAUUUCGAUGUCACAUCUUGUGAAUAACUGCGAAUAAGGAUAACAUCGAGGAUAAUAUCGAGAAGGAAUCGAACAGCCGUAUAAAUACGCAAUUGAUCUUAAGAAAAAUCCUAGAGUUCAAACGACAAGUUGACUGCUGUUGCCGGUCACUACGUACUAUAAUGCCUAUAAAAUUUAUCGGUCGCACGACAGACUUCAAGGGAAAGCCCUUGUGGGAGAUCUUGGGGAAUCUGAAGAAUUUCGGCGUUGGUAGGCUCGUGAUAAGGAAUCGCUUUCAAAGGUAUCCCGAAGCUUGUUACAUGAAGAUAUUAAAGGUCGGCGGGAUGCCCGUGCCCGAGGAACCCUACCUCGAUCGCAAAAUUAUGGUGCUGGUAGAGAGAGUCUUUCGUGGCCAUAAGAAUCCAAAGCCGGUACAAAUAGAUGCUGCGAGUUACAAAGCAGAUUAUCAAUUGGUACCUAAGGAUCAAGAGCACCUGUUUCUCAAUAACACCAAAGUAUCAGAGCAGAGAAUCCUACCCAGAACGACAGAUUUUCCACCACUGUUUUUAGAAAUGAUGAUCCAGAAGAUGAAAGCGAAAGGCAUCACACCGCCAGAAGAGUUGAAAUUAGAUCUUAAAUAUAACUUUGAAGCAGCAAGCGUAAAAAAUUAUAGAAUAGCUAAGGAGAAUGAAACUCCGACAGUCAAACUAAAUUUUAAAUUAGAUGAAUCUAGUACUCUUUAUCCAAAAGCAGAAGAGACGACAGUUUCGUGAGGUUUUAUAUCCAUAUGUAGUUGUUAAGAAUAAAUAUUUUAUAAAUUAUUCCUUAAAUAUGCACUGAAUUAUUGUUAGAGAUAAAAAGAGAAUCCAAUUUUUAAAACUCUGCUUUAUUCAAUGUGCAAUCCAGUUCAGGAAUGACGUCUGUUUUCUCUGCACGAAUAAUCUGGAAUUUACAUGAGAACUAUUAAACUUGUAUUUUAAUGUCUUAA